AUGGGACGGCGGCUGCACGGCGCAGCGCCGUCCGCACAAUCCAAAGGCGCCCCUGCUCCAACCGUGCAGGAACAAGAAUCCAAGCCCCGUCCGCUCCCCGCUCUGCGUCGUCCACUCGCGCGUCGCGUCGCCCUCCCGCCGCCCGCAUCACCUUCACGUGAGCCUUCGCGAUGCUGCCGGCCUGCCGCUAGUAGUAUAAUCCUCUCCUGCUUUCCUCCGCGCGACCGGGGAGCCAGAGAGCGCGAGCUCCAGAAGCAAGCAAGCGCGCAGGAGAUGGCGGGAGACGACGCCCGGACCGGCGAGGUGGCGCCGGCGGAGGAGGAGCCGCACGUGGAGCGGCUUCCGGCCGACAUCCUCGCGCACGUCCUCUCCCUCCUCCCCUCCUUCCACGACCUCUCCAUGGCCGGGGCGGUGAGCCGGCGGUGGCGCCGCGCGGUGGGCCGGUCGCUGGCGACGCGGCGGCGGCUGAGCCUCGCGGGGCAGCGCACCGGCGACGAAUCCACCGCGCGCCUCGUCCGCGCCGCCGUCAACCUCCGCGACCUCGACAUUUCACGAAGCUGCUGGGGGUGCCACAUCACGGACCAGGGCCUGCUCGACAUCUCCUCGGCGGCGUGCAUCGGCAACCUCACCUCCGUCUCGCUGUGGGGGCUGGCGGGGAUCACUGACAAGGGCGUUGUCCAUCUGGUCUCAAGGGCUCGUUCUUUGCAGCAUCUGAACAUUGGUGGAACAUUCAUCACUGAUGAAUCGCUCUAUGCAGUUGCAGACAGUUGUCCAAAUCUGAAGAGCAUCAUACUGUGGAGCUGCCGCCACGUGACAGAGGCCGGACUAGUAGCACUCGUGAACAAGUGCCCGGAACUGGAGUGCAUCAACGUUGGCGGGAUGCGGGUGUCGCCAGAGAGCUUCGCGGGCCUGAAGUCCAUCAGCCCAGCCCUGCGGAUCAGGUCCAUUCCGCAGAUCCUCAACGCCGACGUGCAGGUCGCUUGA